UAUAUUUGAUCUCAAUUGCUUUGCAACCUUUCAAGCCGAUCUUCUUGUGAGCAGUCGUUAGCUCAUGAACAAUAGAAUAGGAAAGCCUAUCUAUAGUUGGCGAAAAGAUUCGCUGCAUUGGUAUCCGCUCGUUUGAUUGGCAUCGACCGCGCCUAGUGACAAACACUGUGGCGAAUGUCCACGGAGCGGCUCGUGCCCGGGGACGGCCACAACCUCGUAGUGUUGGCCAGGUUAGAGGCGACCGGCAUGAAGACAGUGAGUGGCUAUUCGUCCUCAUACGAUGACGUGUUUCCGACAGCACUAGACGGGAUCAUUUCACGGAGAGAGUUCAAAUUCUGCGUGGACGUGCUCAAUCAGACUGUGGAAGACUAUUUCCCGUGCCUUCCAUGCUACGGGUGUGGAUAUCUGUGGUGCUUUACAACGUGUGGGCUGUCGCUUUGCUUUUCGGAACCAUGCACCAAACAGGUACCCUUGCAAAGAGUAUCAUUGUAUUGACGCUACUUACAGCUUUGGACUAAUGCGAUGUAGCUCUCGGACAACAUGGAUCUGGUGCUGCGUCGACUGAACAACCGCGAGGAGCUGCUGUACCGAGGCGUCGUCUGGAGUCUCAAGAGAUGUCAACGAACACAUACAUCGUGGAUAGAAAUCGCUCAGCUAGUGUAUGAGUGAGACGAGAACACAGUUUUCCAAAAGCAAAAGCGUCGGAAGUCAAUAACAUACUACAACGUACUGUACAACAACGGCAGUCCUACACCACAGUCAGUAGUGCAUCAAGGCCGCAUCCAGUUCUUCUAUUGUCUAUCUCUAUGUCUAUCUAAACGCGACCUAGCAGCAAGAAGAGGCUACAACAACAGCACAGCAUCAGAAGUCAGUCAAAUGCAGCAAUGAACAAGCA